AUGCAGAGUCACACCCACAGCAAGCUCUCACACAUGCAGUCACACCCACAGCAAGCUCUCACACAUGCAGAGUCACACCCACAGCAAGCUCCCACACAUGCAGAGUCACAUCCACAGCAAGCUCUCAGACGUGCAGAGUCACACCCACAGCAAGCUCUCACACACACAGAGUCACACCCACAGCAAGCUCUCACACGUGCAGAGUCACACCCACAGCAAGCUCUCACACGUGCAGAGUCACACUCACAGCAAGCUCUGACACAUGCAGAGUCACACCCACAGCAAGCUCUCACACGUGCAGAGUCACACCCACAGCAAGCUCUCACACAUACAGAUUCACACCCCCAGCAAGCUCUCACACGUGCAGAGUCACACCCACAGCAAGCUCUCACACGUGCAGAGUCACACUCACAGCAAUCUCUCACACGUGCAGAGUCACACUCACAGCAAGAUCUGACACAUGCAGAGUCACACCCACAGCAAGCUCUCACACAUGCAGUCACACCCACAGCAAGCUCUCACACAUGCAGAGUCACACCCACAGCAAGCUCCCACACAUGCAGAGUCACAUCCACAGCAAGCUCUCACACGUGCAGAGUCACACCCACAGCAAGCUCUCACACACACAGAGUCACACCCACAGCAAGCUCUCACACGUGCAGAGUCACACCCACAGCAAGCUCUCACACGUGCAGUCACACCCACAGCAAGCUCUCACACAUACAGAGUCACACCCACAGCAAGCUCUCACACAUACAGAGUCACACCCACAGCAAGCUCUCACACGUGCAGAGUCACACCCACAGCAAGCUCUCACACGUGCAGAGUCACACUCACAGCAAGCUCUCACACAUGAAGAGUCACACCCACGGCAAGCUCUCACACGUGCAGUCACACCCACAGCAAGCUCUCACGCGUUCAGAGUCAAACCCACAGCAAGCUCUCACACGUGCAGAGUCACUCUCACAGCAAGCUCUGACACAUGCAGAGUCACACCCACAGCAAGCUCUCACACGUGCAGAGUCACCCUCACAGCAAGCUCUGACACAUGCAGAGUCACACCCACAGCAAGCUCUCACACAUGCAGAGUCACAUGCACAAGCAGAGAGGGAUUCAAUGGAACUACUGGCAUAUAGACCUAUGGGGACUGCUCUGGAGACUAGAGGGAAAUUGUGGUAG